AUGGAUAACCUUUUUACAAUUAAUAUAGAUCCAGAUGAAAACGUUUGCUUAAAUGACAACAAAAACCAAGAUGAAAUCGCAAAACGAGCAAAAUAUAAGAAUGACAAAAUUGAUUAUAUCGAUGCUGAUAGUUUUGAUUUAAUAUCAUAUGAAAUAAAUGAAAUUUGUAAGGUUGGCAAUUUAGACACAAUAGGCGAAAUAAAUGAUAAUCAAAUUAAUGAAUAUCAAAAUAUAAGAAAAAAAAUUCAAAAAUUUAUUUUUAAAUGCUUUAAAGAAGAUGAUAUUAUAAUCGAUUUUCCUGGUAUUUCUGAAGAUGCAUUUAUUGAACAACUUCAUUUUAAAAAUGUAAAAAUUACAUUAAAAAAAGAUAAAAUCGAUGAAGUAAUUGCAUAUUCAUCUAGAGAGAAAUUUAAAAGAAAUAAGCCAAACGAAUUAAAUAACAGAUACUAUUGUGAUAAAAACAUAUUUGAUGAAAAUGAAAUCGACGAUACAAAUUUUAUAGAUAUGCUUAUUGAAAAUGAUACUUCAAUAGAUAAAAUAAAUUCGGGUAAAGAAAAUGAGGCAAAUAAGGAUAAGGGUUCGAAAAAUGUACAGUAUAAUGAAGGGAAUAACAUAAAGGAAAAUGAUAAAAUUACACAAUAUAAUGAUAAUUCAAUUACCAAAGCAAUUAACUCAUCAAAUGAUUGUAAUAAUGGUAAAAAUGAGACCAUAGAAAACGAAGGAAAUGAUGAAAAAUGUGAUGCUAUAAAAUAUACUAAUAAUACUAUUUAUGAAAAUACUUUGGAACCUUUUAAAUUAAAUAAUAUAAUUUCUGAAUUCGGAAAAAAAAUAAAUAAUUGGCUAAUAAAAUUUCCAGAUAUUGAUUGCGAAAAUUUUUUUUUUCAUUUAUUUUUUUUAUCGGAACUUCAUCGAGAAAAAGGGUCUAUGUGCCACAAUUGUGGUUCACAUAAUAUGGAAAAGUGUUCUACAGUUAGUCAUAAAUGUGAAAACAAUUACUGUUUUAUAUGUGAUAAGCAUAUAAUAGGAUAUCCAUGCCAUAAUACGCGAGUUCAAUAUAAUUAUUUUAGGCCUAAUAUAUUAAAAUCGUUAUAUGAUGCUAAAAAUUUUAAAUAUCCUAAUAAUAUAAUAUCUUGUUUAAAAUGUAUGUCAAAUGAUCAUUAUAUUUGUGGUAGCCCUCCAUAUAUGUUUGCCCAAGAAAGCUAUAUGUUUAGGAAAGAGUUUAGCAGGAAGUUUGAUUAUGCAAAUUAUGUUUAUUUUAGGAAUUCUCGUAAUAUAUGGGAAAUAAAAGAUUCCUUUAAAAAUAUGGCAAAUAAUAAUAAUAACAAUUUGAUGAUAAGGUUUCCAUCACCAGAUUAUGACAGUAAUAAUUGCCAAAAUCAAAUUUAUGCUAAUAAAAAUAGUAUGAAACGACAUAAUAAUAAUAAUGAUGAUUAUAAUAAUAAGAGCAACAUAGUUAGAUAUAUAGAUGAUAAUGAAGAUUUGGCUAAUGACAAAGAUGAAAUGAACAAUGGCAUUUAUAAAAAUAAAAACAAAAAACGUUUUAAGAAUAACAGAAAUAUCAAUAUAUCACGAAUAAAAUAUGUUAGUGAGGAGUAUGAUGAAAGUGAAAUUGGUAAUGAUGAAUAUGAUACUGAGUAUAAUAAAUAUAUUCACAAUGAUAACGCACAAUUAUAUAAAGGAAAAAGGGGCUUUGAUAAUUAUCAUCAUGAAAAUAACAAUAAUUUUAAUUCUAAUAAUAAAAGGAAAAAACGUGCAUAUAAUGAUAAUAAUAAUUAUGGUGAUAACGAUUGGAAUAAUGAAAAUAACAAUAAUGUGAAUGGGUAUAAAAACACGCGUAGAAAUUUAUAUAACAAUAACAGUAAUACUAAUAGGCAUGACAAUAAAAUGAAAAAUAACACUUACGAUAAAAAUACAAACUAUAAUUAUAAUAAAAAAAAAAUUUAUAAUGACAAUAAAAAAUAUGAUAAUAAUAAAAAAGAAAAAAACUCAGGUUAUUAUAAUAACAACAAAGGUGAUAAUAUUAACAAUGAGCCGCUUCUUGGUUUUAAUGGUUUAGAAAAUUACAUGUCACGAAAUAAAAAAAGUUAUGUAUUUUUAAAUAAUAAUUAUACAAAAACAAAUAAAAACAAUUCUUCAAAUGCUUUUAGCAAAAAUUUAAAGAAAAACGAAUAUGCAGGUUCUUCCGGUUAUGGCUUUGCAAAUAAUAAUAAAAAUAACAAUAAUAGUUAUAAGGGAUUAUAUAAAAACGGUAAUUUAAAUUGGGAUCAGCAUCAUAAAUAA